AUACAAGUCACAUCCCGAACAGGGAAAGUCGCACCAAAAAACGAUUGCCUUUUUCGGGAAUCCAAAUGACGAUGGUUUGUCGUUAAACCGAAAUAACCUCCACUCCAUGAGUAAACGAUUCCAGAAUCUUAACAAGUAUCGCAACGUAACGGGAAAUGUGGCCAAGAAGGAGCAUUGGUAUUGCGAGCUUCCCAUCAGCACAUCGCCAUCAUCUGAUAACGCCAACCUCGUUCAGGCCAGUCGUCAAUGGAUAGCUGUCCAGUGGGGUGCUAACGGUGGUUCUAUGGGCUUAUUACCCCACUGCAGUGCUGGGAAAAACGCCGCUUCCGAAGCCAACAUUUUUCAUGCACACUCUGCUGCCGUAUCCGAUUGGCACUUUUCCGAGUUCGAUGAUAAUUUGUUAGCAACGGCCGGUGAAGAUAAAUUGAUCAAAUUAUGGAAAAUCCCAGAGGAGAAGACCAGCCCGACAUGCUUGACCACGUUAACUGCUAGUUCAAGACGUGUGGACCUACUUCGUUUCCAUCCUACAGCUGCUCAGAUCAUCACUUCUUUGGGAAAUGAUGGUAAAAAAGUGACCAUCUGGGAUAUCGAAAAGGAAAAUGCGAGAUUGGAGCUUGCUUCGGAGAAAGAAGCGAUUCAUUCAUUUUCCUGGAAAUCGGACGGUUCUGUUCUUGCUACGUCUGCCAAAUCACUAGUUCAAGUAUGGGAUCCUAGAGCGGAGACACAAGUACUGCGAUCCGGAAGCGGACAUGAAGGAAUCAAGGGUUCGCGGGUGGUAUGGCUCGGAGAUUCCAAUUAUGUAUUCUCGGUGGGAGUCAACAAGCUUCGAAACAGACAAUAUGCACUUUGGGAUAGCCGUGAUCUCUCGAAGCCUUUGACAAUGAAACCUUUUACUGCCUCCACAGGAGUGCUCACGCCUUUAUACGACGAGGAUACAGGGACAAUGUACAUGAUUAGCCGCGGCGAUUCUACGAUUCGAUCAAUGCAGAUUUCCGACUUGCAAACCACUCCAUCACUUUCGGACAACAUGGUGUGUAUGACCGGCACUUCUCUCUAUGGAGCCUGUCUGGUGCCAAAGUUGUCAUUGGAUGUCAUGCAAGCAGAAAUCGCCCGCGUUCUCGCCGUCACCCAGAAUGCUGUGGCCACUGUCUCAAUGCAAAUACCGAGAAGACAAUAUCUGGAUUUCCAUGCUGAAUUGUUCCCUGACACCAAGGGUCAAGUACCUGCGCUUUCUGGCGAAGAGUGGUUUGAUGGGAAAACCGCCGAGGUGGCUAAAGUCUCGCUGGAUCCCUCCAAGCGAAAAUCAAGUGAACACACUGCUCUCGCCAAGGCAAAUGGCAUUGUGAAAAAUGACGAAUCCACAAAACCAGUAGCAGCUACUUCACCUGUCAAAGAGGACGUCAGCAAUGAAAAGGCACCAUCGACAGCGACGAUUACCCAACCUGCCAAAGAGCCAAUCAACGAAGAAAAUGCCCCCUCAGCGGCGGCGACUGCAGUAACAUCACAAGUGAGUAAUGGAGCCAAGCAAACUCCAGCCAAGCCAACAGAAAGCAGCGAAGCCAAGACUGCUGCGGCCGAACAAGGAGACAAUGAUCAGUCCAAACCCGCCAAACCUCCUGCAAAGAAAACACCUCGUUAUGGAGCGGCCAAUGUUUCACCAUACAAAUACCUCGUUGGAAAAUUCUACCAUCCAAGCACCUACUAUGAUGAUCUUCGAGGUUUGAGCAUCAAUAAGAGUGGUACAUUCGACUUGAUUCAGGCAAAUACAUCAUUCAUUGCGGUUCCCAUUACCGGCCCUGGCGGUCGGGUUGGCAUUAUCUCUGUGGACAAACCUGGCCGUUUGCCAGUUCACAUUCCGAGUCUCCUCUGCGGUUCGGAAGUAACCAAUUUCCAAUUUGAUCCAUUCAACAAUCAAGUAAUUGCGACAGCUUCCGAAGAUAACAAAAUCAGAGUGUGGUCCAUCCCUGAAGGCGGUUUGGAGGAAGAUAUUGGUGAGCCAGAAUUUGUUCUUUCUGCUCCAAAUAUGGACAAAAUCGGUCUGUUGCAGUUCCAUCCUAUUGCCGAAAAUGUUCUGAUGUCUGCAUCGACAGACAUGGGUCACCCAACGAUUCGAUUGUGGGAUUUGAAAGAGAAAAAAGAUAAAUGCACGUUGUCUGAUGUUUGCGGCGAUAUGAUUUUCAGCUGUGCGUGGAGCCCCUGCGGAACCAAGAUUGCUGUCGCGAGCCGUGAGAAGAAGCUUCGUAUCAUUGAUGCUCGAUCCGGCAAGGUGCUAGCGGAUGGUGCAUCGCACAGUGGUGUUCGUCCCUCAAAAUUGUUAUGGCUUGGGGAUACUGAAUGUAUUGCUAGCGUUGGUUUUGGUCCAGGCUCCAUGCGUGAGAUCAUUGUUUACAAAGUGGACGAUCUUUCGAAGCUCAGUACGAAAACGAUUGACAUGUCGCCCAGUGUGAUGAGCGCUUUUUACGACGCUGACUGUCGCAUUCUUUAUGUGGCAGGCCGGGGAGAUCGGAACAUCCACACAUAUGAACUGGAGAACGACUGCAAACUAACGGCUUUGGCCAAAAUCGAGGCCGGCACUUUGCAACAAGGAUUUGCGUUUUUGCCAAAACGUGUAUGCAAUGUGAAGGAGAUUGAAAUCGACAAGUUUUAUCGCUUAACGCCCACACUUAUCGAAACUGUGGGUGUCCGUGUACCUCGAGCUCGACCUGAGUAUUUCCAGGAUGAGAUUUUUGUUGACACACCGGAUGUAGAACAUCCUGCUCAGGAUAGUGCCAGCUGGUUUGAGGGAAAUGACAAACAUUUGAAUUGCAUUUCCCUGAAACCCGAAGAUAUGACACCGCUAUCUGAGGCACCACCUCCACCUCAGCAAGCUACAUCGAAAGCGAAAUUCGAAAUGGGCAAAAAGAUUGUGAGCGAAGACCAGCGCCGACAAGAGCUCAUGGAUCGUAUGUUUUCAACGGCAAAAGAAGUGGACGAUGAAGACGAAGAAGCACGUAAGAAGGCUCAAAAUCCGGAAGACCAGGAAGUUGCCGAUGAUGAAUGGGACGAUUAACCAUGUACUGUAGAGCAAAUUUAGAUUCCUAAUUAGAGCUCGGUUGUUCCCAUAAUUUUUGUGUAAUAGUUUUGA